AAGGGGGCUUGCAACCCCACCUGUGAGCCUCUGCGCGAGGAGCCAGUGUCCAUCGUCGUCGGUUGUGAGCGUUUGUUUGCAUUUCUCAGGAUUUGAUAGCUUAAUUCUCCAGUCAGAAUAAGGUGCUUUGAAUUCUGUGAGCCAGCGCGGGCAAUCGGUCCUUUUUAGAUUCGUUGCUGUGUGUUGAGGUUAGGUGCCUAAUGCAGAACAAUGUGGAUUUCAUGGCCCCUCCUCCGAUAGAAGGUGUGGGAGGGGGAGGCACUGGAUAUGGCUGGAACGACGGUUCUCAUACUGGUACUACGAUUCUCGCAAGUGAGAUUGAUGUAUCCAGACAGCCUACUUCUGAUCUUGUCCAUGUCUGGUGUAUGCCCAGCACGGCCAUUAUUGGACAUCAAGAGCCUCCACGGCCGCUGGAACGGGUAGGGACGGAUUCUACGUGUUCUGUUGUCGCCUUAAAGGUAUGGUGUUCAUUGGAUUCUUGUUCUGGACCGAACUUUUCUGUGGCUUGGUGUAGGUGUCGUUGUUGGCGGCCAGAAAUGAAAGAGAGAGUGCACAAAUUGCAUUGCGGCCCAAAAUGUCUUGGACUAGUGGUGACAUGGUUGGUUAUCUCCAGAUACACUGCUCUGAUUUUUGCAGUCCCUCUGGUGAUAGGGAAGGAGGUGACAAUCCGGCGAGUGGUGCCAAUAUUGGGAGUGCCGGAUGCGCUUGUACCCAUCGACUUGCCAUCAAGGAUUGGAUUGCUUCCAGGAGAGACUUGUGCUCUUUGGGUGUCGUUUGAUGUUCCAGUCACACAGCCGCCUGGUGUGUACAUAGGAGAAAUCUGGAUUACAGCUGUUCGAGGAGAGACCGAGUUUGCAGCGGAGAAGGUUGAAUCUGAGAAGUUGCAAAUGAAGAAGGAUUUACAGGGCUUCUUAGCCCAAGCUGAAGCUGCUAGUAAUGAAUCAGCUGAAGUGUUGACAGAAGCUCUACGCUCAAUUUGUGAAGGAUUGCACCAGGUUCUUCAAUCACCUUUAUUAUCUGCUGGCUGCGAAGAUUUUGGAAAAAUGGAGAUAGACGAAGAAUUUCAAGCAUCCCCUUCUGUCCAAGUGCAGUUCAGCAUUACUGUAUGGGACUUUGUUUUGCCUAUUACUCCAUCUCUACCAGCCGUCUUUGGUAUAUCUGAAACAGUGAUAGAGGACAGAUAUAAUUUGAAGCAUGGAAGCAAGGAGUGGUUCAAGUCGCUUAACAUGCAUUUCGAUUGGUUAUUACAAUAUCGGCUCAGCCCCUAUUUUUGCCGUUGGGGUGAUAAUAUGCGUGUCUUGACCUAUACCUGUCCCUAUCCUGCAACACAUCCGAAAUCGGAGGAUUAUUAUUCAGAUCCAAGAUUAGCAGCAUAUGCAGUCCCCUAUAUUCCAGUAUUAUCUUCCUCAGAUACUGCAAAGGAUGUCGUGAAAAGUGAACUGGAGAUUUUGAAGACCAAACCUCAUUGGAAGAAGGCUUAUUUCUAUUUGUGGGACGAGCCUGUUGGAUUUGAGCAGUACGAGGUGAUACGCAGCAUUGCUGAGGAGAUUCGAAAUACAGCACCUGAUGCACGAAUUCUGACGACUUACUAUUGUGGCCCAAGUGAUCCCUCUAUGAAGCUGGAUGGGUUUGAAUCCUUUCUCAAGGUGCCUACAUUUCUACGUCCACACACACAAAUAUUUUGUACUAGCGAGUGGGUUCUGGGAGGCAGGGAGGAUCUCGUGAAGCAAAUAACGGAUGAAAUUCAGUUCGAUCGUAGUGAGGAGUGGUGGACAUAUGUGUGCAUGGGUCCAGGAGAGCUUCACCCAAAUUGGCAUUUAGGUAUGCGAGGAACUCAACACCGAGCAGUUAUAUGGCGUGUAUGGAAAGAGGGCGGCACUGGGUUUUUGUAUUGGGGUGUAAAUUGUUACGAGAAGGCGUCUUCUCCAUCUGCUGAGAUUCGCUUUCGGCGCGGAUUGCCUCCAGGAGAUGGAGUCCUCUUCUAUCCUGGAGAGGUCUUUAAUAUUGGUGCUACCUUGCCUGUUGCAUCUGUGCGCCUGGAGCGUCUUCUCAGUGGAAUGCAGGAUUAUGAGUAUCUACAACUCUAUUCCUCUAUGUAUGGGCGACAUGAAGCUCUGUCUCUCUUAGAGAGGACUGGGACUUACACUGGUCCAGAGCGGUACACACUAGAGCAUAACCCAAUCGAGUCUCUGCGGGGAGAGAUCUAUCAUGCUUACCGACCUGUCACCUGAAAGAUAUUUCACCACCUUGUAUCAUAACAACACAUAUUACUAAGGCCUGAGCACACAAUUUAUAGACAUCCCAUGUCUGAUAGUACCAUUUCAACAUUUAGCAAAUUUUAUAGUAAAUACUUUGUAAAGGAGGAGGAUCUGAGAUCGUAUAUUUUGUACACUAAUUGAAAAGUAAACCACUUUACACAUAGCUGCUCUUAGAAUCGUCCAUGGUUUUAGCAGCUCAGAAACAAUAACCUUCACUGUUAGUGAAUGGAAAAUUGUAUAAUGACUGGUAGAUGUUAAUCCUUGUGAUCACUCAGGUUCCAGCUCAAGGAGUACAUGUGCUGUUCAGUUGCCUAUAAUAGCUAUACGACGAUAUACAUAGGAUAUGAGUAUAUAGACAUGUCAUCCGCGAUGUUUAUGGAAAUCUGAACUGAAUUACACCAAAAUAAUAGUCCUUUCAUUUGUAUAGAUUA